UUUGAGGAAGUUCCCUUAACGCCAUUCUAGAAUAAUCUUGAGGUUGUCUUGUAGUUAACAGGAGCAUCAAGUAGUUUUAGUCUAGCGCUUAAUCCACUCAGGUACACAGAGAAGGCACUAGGCUGGAAACUAUGGCGCUGUUAUUUAUGUCUCAGGCUGUGCUUCUCUUUAAGGCCACAGCUGAGCAGGUACGCUGGCCUGAACAUGUGCUCUGUAAUUCUCCUAAUUUUCAACUAUCCUAUGUCAGCUGUGAUCCUUUCCAAGAUGUUGGAUUGACUUUAAACCCUUGCCCUGACCUUCACAGUGUCCAGGUCAACAGCAGUCUCUCUCUUGUGCUUAAUCACUCUAUUGAGGAGUUGUACCUGUCAUUGGAUUUAAUUCAUGGUGACCAAAAACCUAUCCACUAUGACGAUUCUCUGUGUCUGAGCCACCUCCCACGCUUUACCUUCUGUGGCCGAAGGAAAGGAGAGCUGGUUAAUCAUGACUGGCCAUUAAAGAUCAAGGCGAUACGUUAUAUUAAGGGCCAAUUCAAUGCAGAGAUUCGGCUUGUGAACCAAGAUGGCCACCAGAUUGCAUGUGCAAAUGUAUCCCUUAAUAAGGGGUAAUAUUCUUGUGCUGAAUUUGGAGAGCACAGACAUCAUGAUAAAUGUGAGAAAUGAGAUUUGGUUGAAAUAUCUUACUUUGUAACUUUUCGUACAUUUUAUCAUAGGAUACAACAGUAUUGUUCAGACAAGAGAACUCUUGCCUGGAAUUUCUAUCAUCUUUCAUGAACAUACUGUAUGUUGUGUGUGUAAAAUAAGUCUAGAUCGAUUCAUUUCCAGAAAAUAGUGCGAUAUAACAUCCACUACACAGGUUGUUGGCAAGUAGCCUAUAUAUGUACUUCCCCAUGCAGGCCUAUGUCAUCACUUAAGACUACUCUGACUGUCUGAAUGAAAUGCUAUAUAGGGCUAUCACUGUAGGCCAUGUGCCUAUAAUAAAA